AUGGCAGCACGUUGCGUACGAAUGUUGGAGCUACUUUCGCACGUUCGGAUGCUCACUGUAGCAUUCGCAAUCGUGGCGCUCUCGACUGUUACAGAAUCAGCCUCUUACGGCGACACGGGACGAGCAACAGCCACCUUUUAUGGCAGCGGCGACGGUGGCAAUUGCGGAUACGGCGUCCUUGCGGAAUCCGGCUACGGCCCGCUCAUCGCGGCGGGAAGCGCGCCGCUUUACAAGGGUGGGAAAGGCUGCGGCGCGUGCUACAAGGUGCGCUGCGUGGACAGCCAGUGGUGCAAGGAUGCUGAGAUCACGGUACCCAUCACAGAUUUUUGUCCGGGCGGCGGAGUGUGCUGCGCCACGUGCACGCACUUCGACCUCAGCCAGCCCGCGUUCGGCAUCAUCGCAGACCCCGUCGCGGGAGUCAUUCCGCUCGCCUACCAGAGGGUGCCGUGCUCCUUCCCCACGUCCAUCACCUUCCGCGUGACCGGCACCAACUACUGGAUGAACGUGCUGCUGCUGCGCGUGGGCGGGCCGGGGGAGGUGGCUCUGGUGGAGGUGUCAUCUAAGAACGACCCCAACUGGCGCCCGCUCACGCACGACUGGGGCACGAAUUGGACCACAGGGGGUGUGACUAUACCGAAUGCAAGCUACAGCAUUGAUUCAAACGGAGGAGCCGCCACCAGCAGCAAUGCUCAAGUGGGAGCGGGCGGCACGGCAGCAGCAGGAGCAGUAGGUGCUGGUAACCCUGUAACUGCGGGUAGAGUGAAACGUGGGAAGAAGUGGAGAACUGAAGCAGCACCGCCUAAGAAGCCAGGAGGGGGCCACCCUGCAGGGAAGGGGCACAGAGCUCCGGGUAAAGGGCAUCAUGUGAAGACCCAGCCAGUCUUGGCUCGGUAA